CAGAGAACAAACUAGACAGACGAGCAGCGCAAAAAGCCGCCCCACACUCAAAGAGAGGGUUAAAACCUGAGCCAUCUCCUGGGUUUUGCAGCUGGUGAGACCUGUUGGAUUUUAUUGCUCAGAUCCAGCAAUUUUAUUUUCAUUUAAUGAAACGACUUUUUGCAACAAGUCAGACCUGAGCAUAACUUUAAAUGAAUUUUGCACUGGAUUUUAUCUCUUCUUUAGAUUGUUAUGCGUGUGCGUAAUUUUGGGGACAGUUUCCUGGAAGUUCAAAGAGGCGAGGUAGCUUAUAGUGGAAAAACCUUUUAAGGAUUUACUUGCUUCCUUGUAGAGACUUGUCAGUUUUUCUUUCCACUUACCGGAAUUCAGUUAUAUGAUGUGGUUUUUACACAUUUCCAUUGGUUUUAUUCUGUGCGUCGGCUCGGCGCACAGCGCCUGGGAGGAGUGCACCGUGGUGCCGGUCAGACUAGACCCGAGCUCCUGGUCGGAGAACAGACCCGAACCGUGGCGGACUCUCUCUGCAGAGGAGAAGGAGAAGGAGGCGGAGAUGAGGGUGUAUCGAUUGGACGUAUUUGGCAGGGAGUUGGUCUUGCAGCUCGAACUCGACCAGACUUUCUUGGCUCCGGGUUUUGUCUUCCACAUUGUAGGUAGUCCCGAGUCCGAACAGGCAUCCAAGAGCGGAGCCGAGCCUGGUUGUUUCUUCUCGGGCACGGUGAAUGGAGAAGAACACUCCGCCGCAGCUCUCAACCUUUGCCACGGACUCAGGGGCGGAUUCUACUUUCAAGGUGAAGAGUACUUAAUCCAACCGCUCAACUCGAGUGAUUUCCUGGGCACUGAGGAAGAUGUCCAUAUCAUCCGCCGGAGAGGUCGGGCAGCUUUGGCUGAGGAGGGGAGCUCCAAAUGUGGGGUCAAUGAAGACGAAGAGAGGGUGCCAAAGAAUCUGGGGGGAGAAGCCAAACACAAAGCCGCUAAUGGAGACCAGACAGCCCACCACAGGACCAGGCGUUUUGUUUCCAGCCCUCGCUACCUUGAGAUCAUGCUGGUAGCUGACCAAUCCAUGGCUGAGUUCCACGGCGCUGGGCUCAAACCCUACCUCCUGACAAUCUUGGCAGUGGCAUCCCGCCUCUACCGUCACCCUAGUAUCCACAACUCCAUCAGCCUGGCGGUGGUGAAGCUGCUGGUGGUGUAUGAGGAGGAGCGAGGCCCUCAGGUGUCAUCUAAUGCUGCUAUGACCCUCCGAAACUUCUGUCAGUGGCAACGGCAGCACAAUCCACAGAGUGACCGCCACCCUGAGCACUAUGACACGGCUGUGCUUUUCACCAGGAUGGACCUAUGUGGUGCCCACUCUUGCGACACUCUGGGCAUGGCAGAUGUUGGCACAGUAUGUGACCCCAAUAGAAGCUGCUCAAUUAUUGAAGAUGAUGGACUGCAGGCAGCAUUUACUGUGGCCCAUGAACUCGGCCAUGUCUUAAACAUGCCUCAUGAUGAUGCCCAGCUGUGCUCUGGCGUCAAUGGUGCCCACUGGGGCUCUCACAUGAUGGCUUCAACACUGUCCAACCUGGACCAGCAGCAGCCAUGGUCCCCCUGCUCCGCCCUCAUGGUCACCACCUUCCUGGAUAACGGUCAUGGUCAGUGCUUGCUGGAUAAGCCAGUCAAACCUCAGCCGUUGCCCCAGCCCCUGCCUGGGAUAGUCUAUGAUGCAGACCAUCAGUGUCGGCUCACCUUUGGUGAAGAUGCUCAGCACUACUCGAACCUGAGCGCCACGUGUGCAGCUCUGUGGUGCAUUGUGACUUCAUCCAAUGGUUUGCUGGUGUACCAGACCAAGAAUUUCCCCUGGGCUGAUGGGACGCCAUGCGGGCAUGAUAGCUACUGCCUGGCUGGACAGUGUCUCACUAAGAGCCAGGCUGCCAAACACCAGACUCCUGUCAAUGGUGGCUGGGGAGUGUGGGGUCCCUGGGGAGACUGCUCGCGGACCUGCGGUGGAGGGGUUCAGUACUCAUUCCGUGCCUGUGACAACCCUUUGCCCAAGAACGGAGGCAAGUACUGUGAGGGCAAGAGGAUCCAGUACCAUUCCUGUAACACGGAAGCCUGCCCUAAUUCCAAUGGCCUGUCUUUCCGUGAGGAACAGUGCCUGGCUCACAACGACAUGUCAGCCCAAGUAUCACUGGGUUCAGGCGACGGUGUUGAGUGGGUGCCCAAGUAUGCUGGAGUUUCACCCAGAGACCGCUGCAAGCUGGUGUGUCGGGCCAAAGGGACCGGGUACUUCUUUGUCCUCAAAUCUAAGGUGGCUGAUGGCACACCCUGCAGCCCAGACUCCACCUCAGUUUGUGUUCAAGGCCAGUGUGUCAAGGCUGGAUGUGAUCAUGUCAUUGGCUCUAACCAGCGUUUUGAUAAGUGCGGUGUCUGUGGUGGAGAUGGUUCUACCUGCAAAAAAGUGUCAGGUUCUCUGGAGCAUGCCAGGCCUGGUUACCAGGAUGUUGUAACUAUGCCUGCUGGUGCCACCCACCUGGAUGUCAAACAACGUGCCCCAGCCAAUGGUCGUCAUGACAACAGCUACUUGGCAGUGCGUCGCCAGGAUGGAACGUAUCUGUUAAAUGGCGAUUACAAACUGAUGACCAUGGAAACGGACAUCAUUCUGCGCGGGUCACUGUUGCGAUACAGUGGCUCCUCCGCCACCCUAGAGCGCCUCCGGAGCUUUGCCCCCCUCCCUGAGCCCAUCAUCAUUCAGGUACUGUCUGUAGGAGACACUCCAAGGCCUCGGGUUAAGUACAGCUAUUUCGCCCCUAGACCCAACAAUGCUGCUUCCAUCUCUAACAAGAGUGGGGCCCGCCGACAGUCCAUCAAUGCCAUUCGAAAGAUGGUUGGAGCGGAGUGGACCCUGAGAGAGUGGGGUCCAUGUUCCCAGACCUGUGGAGGAGGCACACAACAGAGAGAGGUGGUGUGUCUGGACCCCCAUGGCCAUCUCUCCAGAGACUGUCCUGAGGAGCUGCGCCCCUUAGCCUCAAGGUCCUGUUCUUCCCAGCCCUGCCCAUCCUGGCUUCUCGGAGAAUGGUCAGUAUGCUCCAAGAACUGCGGCCGUGGCUUCCGCAAACGUCAACUAAGCUGCAUUGACCAUGAUGGGCGCACACUAACCCACGACAGCUGUGACUCCAAAGACCGGCCACGACCCCUACUGGAACUGUGCAAUCAGGGUGCCUGUUAAGGACUGCUUCCACAAUCAUAACCUCCUGUCAUCCACCCACUGUUCAGAAAGACAUCAGAUAAGACUUUUGAUCUUCCUCCCUUGAUCUGCCUGCUUUGCCAAAGAGGGUGAUGAAUGUGUACAUCAAGACCAAAGAGUGCUACAGGUUUCCCUGGGUUUCAUGUAGUCUAACAGGCCUGCAUGUCAAUGUGUCCACACUGACUGGGACUGUAACUCACAAAUUUUGCCCCUUUCCUCCAUCUAUUUGGGGCCAGAUGUUGAACCACCUAACUGAAGCAACAGAGACUGAUUCUAGCAGUGGCACGUUUUGCCUCCCAGUAAUGGGAUGAAAGCAUGGAUGUUUCUGAUUUCCUAAAAGAGCAUGCUACUUACCAUGCCAUUGUCAUGUCUGUGUGUGCGGGAUCCGAGGCUGUGUAUGUGUCUGUGUGUGUGUCAGAUUUUAAUGCAUUUAUAUGUUUGUCCAAGCUGGGCUGGACAGACACAUAAGGGUUGGGGUGAGGAGAUUAUUUCAGAACAUAUAAAGAAACAAAUAAACGAGAAUAGCUCAUAUUCUACUUGCCAUCAGGUAUGGAAAAGAAGCUAGGUCAUAGCUAUAGUGUUUAUUUUCAAACUUGCCAGUCUACAUUUAUUUAUCACAGACCUGUAGCACUUCAUUUUUGUUUUUGCCAGCGGCACAUCGUAACAGCCAGUUGCCUCUAAAUGUCUCAAUACACCAUACUCUGUCCUUUAGCCAUAUCUUGCCCUUGGAUACACAGCCAUCGACAUGGGACCUUUUUGAAAAACCAAAGAAGAGUGUGCGAGUGUGUAUGUGUGCAUGAGGAGUGUGUGGAGACAUGAAGAGGGACUUGUCUCCUGCUACUACUUCAUAAGUAAGUGUCUCCUGCCUUCUGCGAAGGUACCUUGGUGUUUUUCUAUCAAAUGUUGUUUUACAGAAUAUCCAAACAUUAUUUAUUUUUGUACAGCCUGUUUAAAAUAUAAUCAUGUGGCUUUUUAAGAAUAUUAUUUUUAUUUGUUAUUGAGAUCACAGAAG